CUCGCCCCGCGGCGGGGUCAGGGCGCGGGCGGCCAUCUUGUGGCGGCGGCCCCGGCGGGUUGUUGUCGGUGAGGCCGCGCCGCGCCCCCCCCGCGGGCGGAGCAGCCCCGGCCCCAUGUCCUCCUUCUCGGAGUCGGCGCUGGAGAAGAAGCUGUCGGAGCUGAGCAACUCCCAGCAGAGCGUGCAGACGCUCUCGCUGUGGCUCAUCCACCACCGCAAGCACGCGGGGCCCAUCGUCGCCGUUUGGCACCGGGAGCUCCGCAAAGCAAAAUCGAGUAGGAAACUUACUUUCCUAUAUUUAGCAAACGAUGUCAUCCAGAACAGUAAGAGGAAAGGUCCUGAAUUUACCAGGGAGUUUGAAUCUGUUCUUGUGGAUGCAUUUUCUCAUGUUGCCAGAGAAGCAGACGAGGGCUGCAAGAAGCCCUUGGAACGAUUGCUGAACAUCUGGCAGGAGAGGAGUGUGUAUGGCAGCGAGUUCAUCCAGCAGCUCAAACUGUCUAUGGAAGAUUCCAACAGCCCCCAAACAAAAGUUACAGAGGAAAAGAAGUCUUUAAAGCGAACUUUCCAGCAAAUACAAGAGGAGGAAGAUGAUGAUUACCCUGGGAGCUACUCACCCCAAGACCCCAGUGCUGGGCCACUGCUGACUGAGGAUUUGAUCAAAGCCCUACAAGACCUGGAAAAUGCAGCGUCAGGAGAUGCGACAGUGCGGCAAAAAAUUGCUUCCCUGCCUCAGGAAGUUCAAGAUGUUUCAUUACUGGAGAAAAUUACAGACAAAGAGGCUGCGGAGCGGCUGUCGAAGACGGUGGACGAGGCGUGUCUGCUGCUGGCCGAGUACAACGGGCGGCUGGCGGCCGAGCUGGAGGACCGGCGCCAGCUGGCACGGAUGCUCAUCGAGUACACCCAGAACCAGAAGGAUGUGCUCAUGGAGAAGGAGAAGAAGCUGGAGGAAUACAAACAGAAGCUUGCUCGGGUAACCCAAGUGCGCAAGGAGCUGAAAUCUCACAUCCAGAGCCUUCCAGACCUGUCACUGCUGCCCAAUGUCACAGGAGGUCUGGCACCUCUGCCAUCUGCUGGGGACCUGUUUUCAACAGACUAGAACAAGCCAUGUGUCCCAGUUUUCAUUAUUACCAGCAGAAGUGAGAAGACUCUGGUGUUGGCUGGAAGUCCAGUCUUCCGAGAUCUGCAGUAGGAAGGAACUUGCAGACCGUGCUUUGAACCUCUUGGUUGCUCAUACUCACCCUCUCUGUGUACACUGGCUCACAUGAGGGGAGGAAGAGGAGUGAGUCUUGUGAGCUCUGAAGGGAGUGGGGUU